CAUCAGCAUCACAAGAUGUUCCCUCCAAUCGAUACUCAUUUUGUUUAAGUACAUCCCUCGCUAUUGGAGGUUGACGUCGUUUCCGGAGGUUAGAGUCCCACUCAACCAUUGAUGUGCUACAGCGACCUUUUCUUUAUAAUCUGUUUUUGCAGUAGUUUAUCGUGAGAAGUUCUUGUAUCUAUGUAUCGAUACGAACCUGUAUCUGAGUUCAUUAAGCCAAAUUAGAAACGUCACAGCAACGAUGUUGUUCCUUAUGUAUCAGGCCCACGGUUAUCGUCAUGUCACCGUAUUUUUUGCGUGAUGAAGUGCAAGUUUAAGUUUUUAGUUUAGCAAUUUAGAAAAUAGUCAUAGGGUCUCUUACUCUUCAAAUAACGACGAGAAGUCGUUGCUUAGUGUUAGUUUAGUCUUUUUACGUACUCUCCAGGCGGGGCGUCGUCUCGCCCCGUUGGUUUUAGGUUUCUCGAGCUCGACCGAAAUUGAAAAGCUGUAAAUGCAAACAACAAACGCCGAGAAGGAACACGAACUAUGAGGAUCACCUCCAGACUGGCGUUUUCAUUCAUUUAGCCCUGUCAUCUUGCUUCAUCUCAUCAUCGUCGUGAUGAUGCACGGGGAAAUAGAUCUUCAAGCCACCACCAUGCAAAAUUGUCGUCCGCUUUCGGCGGAGGACUUUGCUCCCUUGUGGCACAACAAAUCGGAGAACUUCUGGAUUGCACACGUCAAGAAGUUGAUCGAAGAUUUUGGCGUAACGGCGGUUGAGCAAUUCAAACAUUUUGUUGCCACUGACUUGCAGGCCGGCAUUUCCACCACGAAAAGCUGUGCCUCUGCUGCUCGUCCGGACGAUGUUGCUGCAUCUUCAAGCACGACUACAUUGCACGAGGGCCCUUUGAGGACAGCUGCUGCAAUAGCACCGCCCCCGUCCCGCUCGGAUCUUCAGGCUUGUGGGGGCGCAACAUCGUCCAGUAAAGCUUCUCCCGAUGUUGAGCAACCUGGGGCGGGGAGAACCUUGACCAAAAAUGAUGGUGGUCCGUCUACUGUCUCCAAGACCCACGCAGCGCCUCCGUUGGAGCAGUCGACGAAAUGCUCCUCUUCUUCGGCGUCGCGGAAUGUCACACCGACUGAUGCGGUGCCUGCCAGCACGAAUGGAUCGCCCUUGACUCCAAGCAAGACGAGCGGAGGUGGGCAGAAUGCUACUACGAGCAGUUCUUCUACAACAACUUCAAGACCCUACAACCUUUUUCAGCAGGAUCACACAAUGGAUGGCGGCGGGGCAGCGUCGAAUCAUCUCAAAGACGGCGCAACAUCAUCUACUUCACAGAUGAUGAAAGACAACUCUUCCGGCGAGAUGAAUUCUAUGAAUCAGUCACUGAUAACGACAAGUGCGACGUCAACAUCUUCCUCCUCCAGCAGAUUGGCAGCGCAACAACACCAGAUGAACACCAGCAAGCCAGUCUCGCUCGUCGUGGGGUCAACAUCGUCACAGCUCGGUGGUUGUGUCAACAACAAUUCUCCCCCGUCUGUAAAUGACCUCAACCAGGGAAACCGGCUGCUGCACCUUUGCGUGCUUAGAAAUUACACCUCUUUGCUUCACAAGCUCGUCAUGGACUUUGACUUUGACGUCGACAUCACACGCGACAGCGACCGCAACACGGGCAUGCAUCUCGCUCUGUUUGAAACCAGGAAGAAAGAAGUAGUCGAAAAGUUGGACUUCCUCGGUGCUGAUCUGGAAAGGAAGAACGCGUAUGGGGUAGACUGUGAAAAAGCGUUCCAAUCGUUCAACGAGUCCAAGGACAACAUAAUCUUCCUCGACCUGGAGCUCACAAAAGGUAUCAACUACUCCGAAGUCCUCGAUCUAGACGUAGCGAGUACGUAGUACGUCGCUUAUUUGCCACCUUUUAUGCAAUGGCAGGAGAACAAUGCAAUGCUUUUUGCCUUGCUGUAUUUUUGCCGUGAAGUCGUGAUCUUGGUCCCUAUUCCUCCCUUCCCCUGGCAGGAGUUCUUGUGGCGAUCGCAAGUUCCCGCAGCCUUGUGCUUGUACUUGUACUUCCUUGUGCUUGAACUUGUUGCAACGCAAAAAUUGAAAUGCUAUAGGUUUCUACGAGCGGGAGGAGGAGGAGGGGAUUCCUCGGAAGAUUAUGGAGCUCGCCUGCGUGAUCACGGACAAGAAUUUGAAGGAGCUCGGGCGCGGUUCCUGGGUGAUUGGCGGUUUCUCGAAGGAGUUUCUCCUUACGCUCCCCUAUUUCCACCAGAAAAAUUUCCGCGACAGCGAACCGGGUGGCCCCUUCGAGCCGUUGCAGGAAGAGAGAACCGGGUACACUUUCUACGGCAACGACCUCUUUAAGGACAUGGUAAACCGGGAGAAGGCGGUGUCACUGCUCCAAGCGGAAACGGAGUGUCUGGCGUUGAUCCAAAGUUUCUGUCCCGAGGGCGCCUGCCCGCUGAGCGGCAACAGCAUCCAGUGCGACCGGGAAGUGCUGUGCGACGAGACGCCCUUGAUCUACCAGUGGCUGUCCCAUCGGAUCAUCGACGUGUCAUCCUUUCUCGGUAUAGCCGAGCGCUGGAUGCCCCACAAAAUCGAGAUGUGGCGCGCGCACCAGAGGCAGGUAUACAGGAGCUAAUAACCCUAAACAGCUAUAUAAACUGUGUAGGUUUAGCGACCACAUCAAAGAGCUCGAGACUUUCUUUGUUCUGAGCCUCUACUAAGUUGUAUUCUCUUUCUUCUUGCCGCACGAAUUCAGACGAGGACGCCAUUAUGCAUUGACGUUUUUGUUCUCGAUGAACACUCUAUCUGACGUCGUUUUCACAGGUAUCCAACUACAACCACCGCGCCCUCGAUGACACUUUGAGCAGUAUCCAGAGUUUGGCGUGGAUUCGCGAAAAUCUUCUGCUCCCGGCGGACGACGGACUCGCGGAAUGGGAAGCGCAAAAGGAGUGGGAAAGGGAACAGUGGGAGGAGGAAGGUAUGGUUGGUACACUAAGUGAGCUCUGUUUCAGUUUCUUGGGUAGUUGGGUUAAUAGGGGUUCUCUUUCUUGCAUGUUUUCAAACCUCCACGUAGAUGAGCGAAAUAAAUGAUAACGUAACUAUUACAAACAGACGAAGAAGCCGAGGCGGAGGACGACGAGGGCUACACGCAGCGAAUCCUGUCCGCGACAAACAGCCCAAUACGGUUCCAGGCAGGAAACAGCAGUGCCUCAAACUACUACAACCCGGGAGGUAAAGCGGGUAGCUCCUACGGCGACCACGGCAAGAGUUCCAGCGGAAAAAAGGGUCAACAACAUCAUGGUGGCCCCGCAACUUGGUCAGGAGCAAGCAGCGGUACCUUUCAUGGAAACUAUGGCUCUAGUUCAAGCAAAGGUUCUUCAGCUGCGCCAGGUGGGAGCUACAACCAGCAUUCGUUCUGGAGCAGCAAAGGCGGUGGCGGUGGUCAGAAAAGCUACGGGUCGUCGAAAGGAAGUUCGUGGAAGGGGUCAAAAUCAAACUCGAAUUCUCCCGUAAAGCGUCCCAUACACGACAACCGCAACCGGUCGGCGAGUUUCGGGAAUAACACAAGUUCAUGGAACAACAACACUGAGCCCUGGUACGAGGACUAUUUGUCGGACUGGAAGAAUGACACUACACCCGGCAGUGGUGCUGCGCAGAACCAGCAACAUUUUCGCACCUGGCCUCUCUCAGGUCCGAGUAGCGGUUCCUCAGGCAAGAAUUCUGCAGGAGCUGCACCACCUUGGUCGCCAAAUUGGACGGCUCCUGGUCGUGGCAUGCAACAGAAUCUUCAACACACGUCCGCAUCCACCUCGAACAACAACUCUCCGAUGCGCGGCGGCCGCCCACCACAAAAUUUUCAGUACAGCGGCAAUUGGGGACAGAAGAACAAUGGCGGAUCGCCACGAAGUAAAGGCAAGCCGAAAAGCGGAGGCGGCGGAGGCAAGAUGUAGCAAACGAUCGACCUGAGUAGGUUUCUGAACUGAAAACGAUUGCUGCACCCGGUAAACCAGUGCUCCUGCCGGAUGAAAACGAGGAAAACCAAUGCAACGACAGGCCCGCCUAGAAGGUGCUUCUGGUGUGUCACGACCGGCAGCGUCGGCUCGAAGAACUGAUUGAUGAAUCGAUUUCAACACUGAUCAAGUAUCUACUUGUCGUCCUUCUAAUAUCUCGCGUCAAUACAACCAAGAGUUGUACAGUAUUCCAGGAGGCCCUAAGUGAAUUGUAAGUGUAAGUAACGACAUCACAAUGUUCAUGUUGACAAUGUAAAGUUUAUCUCGAUGGCAGCAGCGGUGAGCCGUCUCAGUAAGUUCAGGAUCUUGUGAACAUAUCAAGUGUGGUCGACGACACACAUUUUCUCUUUCGACGAAGUUUGCGAAACGACAAAACAUGAUUGAGGUAGAAUGAGAAAUUGACAAUGGCGCUUCCCCGGGCGCCACUCGAACCGUCACCCAUUUUCCGUUGCGACACAGUCAGCACGCGAGCGGUUGACAACGCUCGGCGAGGGCAAAGCAAUGUGGCUGCUAGUCCUAGUUCUUUAUCUUUCAAGAAAGCGACAAAAUAUCUAAAAUGAAAAUCGAAAUUUCAAAAAAAGAAAAAUUCAAUGGCGCCGACCAUCGAGCAAGUACCAGAUGAUAGCUCAUAUAUAAGCCUGGCCGCCGGGGGGAAGGGAGCACCACCAGUGCC